AUGGCCGGACGAAACGUGCCAGGCUUCGGCAGCGGAUCUUUUCCAAAGGAAUACAAGAUCCCCGCUUGGCCAAACGACCUGUCCUGGGAAGAGAGCGCGCAGCUCCGAACCAUUGCGCUUGAUGGCUUCAAGCGCGAGAGCCUCAACGAGGAGUAUCUGGAAGGUCCAAAUGCAGAGUUCAAGAUGCAGGGUCGUGAGACAUACUGGCAAGCCUCGGGCCAGUACUUCAUGUACUACUGCCAGCGCUUUCGAAAGUGGCGAAUAGCCGAGAUCAGUGCCUUCAGUCAGAACAUGGCCGGCGAAUGCUACGCUUUCGUGUCAGAUGCCCACCCCAACCGGGACAUCCAGAACAGUUCGCUGCUGAAAGGCUUCAUCGAAGUGGAGAACGGCCAGUGGGUCAACCGGGAGGACGCCGGCGUGUCGAAACUCGGGCGCCUGGGCGACCAGCUCGACGAGGCUCCCGAGGAGGCCCAGGCAGAGGAGGCCUGCGAAGCGACGCAGGAGCAGUCCGAGGACGGCGAGACCUCGAAAUGCCCUGUGAUGCCAGUGGUGCGCAAAGCCAGGGACAAGGUGGUUCAGGCAGCAAAAGAAGCUGGAAAGUGGGCCAGGCGGCUUUUCCCCAACUAUUUGGGAGCACCAGAUGAGGAGGACAUAGCUCCCGAAAGGCAGAAUCCGCUCUUUGCCGGAGAUGUACCUGCAAAGGGCGGCUGCAACUCUCAGACUUUGGACGGCUGUAGCUUCAAGGAGCAGUUCUUCAUUGAGAAGCAACGGAAUGCUUCAGAAGACCAGCGAAAAAGUGAGCUGCAGCGUCUUGCCCGGAUGCACCUCGGCACUGACCGGAAGUUGAGCUCGGGAUCACUGCGACCCGGGUUCGAAUUCUACAAGAGCUCACGGCCAAGGAUGCCUAAGGCUUCCGAGGCUGAGUUGCGCCUGAGCACCGGCGCCAGGGAACUCCUGGGCCUGUGUGAGCGCUGGUUCAUGCUGGGUCUCGUGAGCCAAAACUGCCCGCGACAUCUUCUGGGAACAAUGCUGGGUCUCAAAAACGCCUUGGACGGCAUGGCAGGCACGGCUGCGCCAGCCGUUGGCGGGAUGCUGUACUACAUCGGCAGGCCGCUGCCUUACACUGUGGCAGCGCUCUUUGCCUUCGCCAUGGCCGUCUUCUACAUCUCCUUGCCCCCUUCUGCCCUGGCCCCGACAGGGUCCGAGGAGCUAAAGCCGCUGAUGACGCCCAAAGUCAAGGCUGAGACAGAAGAAGCGGAAGUGAAAGCUCCCCUGCAUCACGUGCAGUCGUCUGCCCUGCCGCUGUCGAUGUAUGCCGGAAAGCACUACUCGUCACAGUGCCUCCUGAAUCAGCUCAGUUUGGUCAUGGACCCCGAGCUGCGGGAGCUUUACAACAUAACGGUGGAUCGGAUUGAGAAGGAGAAGGGCACCGUCGAGGGCACCAGCGGCAUUCGUUCAGUUGCCACAGUUUGCAGUGGGCUUUCGGCCCGAACGCAGCUGAACCAGAUGAACCGGAGCCUCGGCGAGGUGCGGCCUAUGAGCUCAGACAAUGCGUUAGCAGCACAUCUGCCACGGAGAGACGACGACUCGCCAGACCGUUCGAUGGCAUGA